CAUCCUGUGGUUAUAUACAAAGAGCAUCAAGUUUCUCAGAAGACAGGCAGAGGCAGCGGUGACACAGGAUUUCCGGAUCAGUUUUUGUGUUGUGACAGCAGACUGAACAAACCCUGCAACACUGCAGCCUUCAGACCCGAGAGUGAGAUUCUGCAGAGGAAAGUUUUGACCACAUCCAGUUUGGGUCCAAUUUAUCUGAAAAUGGCCUCAGAUCCCCAAAAAAUAGGAAGCACAGAGCGUAAACUUUCUUCAUCAAAGAGCAAAGCAGAGACUGAAGAGGAAAAAUCGCAGCAUGUCCAAGGUCACACUGGGACAGCAAAUAUCUCUUCCAGAUACAACAAUAUCAUAUCUAAAAGUAAUCUGAUCCAUUCAGGACCCCUUUCUGUCUACCAGCUGAGACCAAAGAAAGAGAAGUUAGAGUCUUUUACAAAAAUGACUGUUGGUGAAAAAAAUCUGGACAAGACAAACAGAACGAUCUUACUUGUGGGUGAAACAGGAGCAGGAAAAUCUACAUUGAUCAAUGCUCUGUUCAACUACAGCAUAGGAGUGAAGUGGGAGGAAAAAGUCUGGUUUCAGAUCAUAGAGGAGGAGAAGAGAAGUCAGUCUGAAAGUCAGACAUCAGAUGUGAUCGUGUACGAGAUCUUUGGUUUUGAAGAUAAAAAUUUGCCCUACUCUCUGUCCAUCAUCGAUACUCCUGGAUUUGGAUGCACCAAAAAGCCUAAAGAUGAUGGCAAAGUCAGUGAAAAAUUAUUUCAGUUGUUUCAAUCAGAGGAUGGAGUUUAUAAAGUCCAUGCAGUGGGUCUGGUGAUGAAAGCGACAGGUAAUCGACUGAGCGAACGACUGAAAUAUAUCCUUGAUUCAGUGAUGUCUCUGUUUGGAAAGAACCUGGAGGAAAACAUUGUGGCGCUCAUCACACACUCAGAUGGAGUAAAACCUAAAAAUGUUCUUGAAGCUCUUGAAACUGCAAACAUUAAAUGUGCCAAAAAUCAGAAGUAUGAGCCUGCUCACUUCCUGUUUGAUAAUCAACAGAACACACUGAGAACAAAAGACAACAACUGUGCUCUGGAGGCAGCAUGGAGAGUAACAGAGAGAGGAAUGAGUCAAUUCACACAAUUUCUGAAAGAAUCUAAACCUCAAAAACUUAAGAAAACUGUUGAAGUGUUGAAAGAACGUAUCACACUGACAGCCUGCAUCCAAAACCUGGAAGACAGAAUCAAACAGACUGAACUGAAACAGAGAGAAAUCAAACAGAUUCAAGAAGCUCUGCAAAAACAUGAGGGAGAGAUGAAGCAGAAUGAGAAUUUCACUGUAGAAGUUGAUGAGGUCUACAAAGAUAAACAAAAUGUUGAUGGUGGGAUGUGGUUGUUUUUUUAUCAAGGAGCUGUCUGCUGUAAAGUCUGUGAGGAGAACUGUCACUAUCCUGGAUGCACAAAGGCUUGGUAUCCUAAACACUGUGAGGUCAUCAAAGAUGGCUGCUGCACUGUUUGUACCAACAAGUGUCCUGCAUCAGAUCACGUGAAAGAAAAUUGGAUCUAUGUGACCAAGACAAAGAAAGUUCAAAAGACUGUGCAAGAAAUGAAGGAAAAGUAUGAGAAGAAUAAAUCAGAAAGUCAUAAAAAGUUGAGUCUGUUGGAAAAUCUGAAAAAAGAAAUGGAUCAACUGACAGCAGAGAAGUCACAGUUCCUGGAUGAGUCCUACCAACAUGUUGUCAGACUGGAGGAGAUCGCUCUGAAAGCUGAUUCAGCGUCCACUAUUGUCCACUUGGACUUCCUGAUUGAGAAGAUGAAGGAGAGAGGAGACACAGAGAAGGUCCAGAAACUGGAGGAGAUGAAGAAGCAGAGAGAGUGAAGGAAUCAGAGCAGGAAUGGAGUACAUAAGGCGUAAAAAAAACAAAAAAAAAAACAGGACCUCAUAACUGUUUCAGUAAUGAUGUAAGUGAUGAAGAUGACUGUGAGGAAACAAGUAUAUUUCAUUAUAAUCAUGACUGAUGUAAAAUACUAUAUGUAACUCAGGUUGUUGCUGUAUAUUGCAGAAUUUAACAGUUAAUCCCAGUUUUACUAUUUUUAAACUAAAAAACUAUUAACUAUUAAAUUCUGCAAUAUACAGCAACAACCUGAGUUACAUAAACUGAAGCUGGAUAUAAGGAUUAAGUGUUUAAAGUUUUUAGAGAAGGUUUAGUGCCAUUUUGUGACAGUACAGAAGAUGAGAUCACUGGGUUUGGGGUUAGUUCCUUCUAAUAGAUAAGGGGCCACUUUUGUACCAACCCUGGGUGAGUUUUAUGUUGAAAACUCGAGCAUAUACUGUCCACUCUUCAGCAGUAAGUGAUUCUUGUUUGGCUAGACACACUGAACAAUUUUCUUUGAAAAAUUAACUUUGCCAACAUCCCUGGAUUGAAUUAAUUAUUCAGAGCUUUGAAGGGAAAAACAAAAUCUAAGCAUCCUGAUUUAAGUUAAUGGAAAAAUCUGAAAAGCGAAGUACAAUUUAUAGAGAAAAUGGGCCAAAACCCCCCCCCCAAAACAAAACAUGGAGAAUGGAUAUGAGUAAAGAUGAUGUUGUAUGAUGGGAAAUCAUAAAUAUAUAAUCUUUUUUUUAAUAUGCAAUUAUGAUACAUUUAAUAUAAAUGUGUUAUUAUUUUAAUGUUUUGUAUGUUGAGUAAAUGUGUUACUGGUUUGUGAUUUGCUUUUAUAUGAAUUACAAUUAUGGUUAUUAUAUAUUUUUUCCUUUUUUUGUACCCUUUUUUUCUAUUUUCUAUUAAUUAUAGUUUCAGGAAUAAACAUUUUAAUGUUAAUUUUUGGUCAAUAAACAGAUUUUAUGA